AUGUAAAGCUAGCAGCCUCCUGUCAGUGCGCCGCUGUGCACAGAGUCUGAGGAGAAACAAUGACGGGCUGAACAAGUUUUCCGAAAUAUUACUCCAUGCUCGGUCUUGGAGCUAUUUCGUGACAAGGUUAUUAAUCUGGGUACUGAGGGGAAAAGGCUGGCGGUGUUAUUGUGCUGUUUAGCUUUACUAAGCUAUGCUAGCUGUGCCUUGGUAGAUUGCUAGCCUCAAGCUAACAAUGCACGAGAGAACAUCAUAAAAGCGUCAAAAAGCGGUGCACCGGGUAAACAAACAAACAAAAAGUUAACGCUUUUGUGUGUGAUUUUAUUUCCACCUGCAAACUUGGAAGAAUAGAAGUUGUCCUUUUUUUUGUUGUUGUUCAUCUGCUUGCACAUCUUGACUGUAAAUUUAUCUUAAAUAUUGUUUUGCAGCAUCACUGAUGCGUUUUUUUUCUCAGUUCAUGAUGAUUUUGUUUUGGACACCUUGUGGGGAUUGUAUGAAAUGUCACUGACCGGAAGCUUGAUCCAGAGGGAGCUCCUUCUAUUCAUGAUCUGCUCCAAAUUAUGUCUCGUCAAGAUCUUGUUGUUUUUGUACCAUAGACAGUGCAUGAAUUUCAGCCGUGUAACUCAGUGAGUUCUCAUCUCUUUCUGUCCAGCUGUAACACCAUGAAUUUUGUCCGGCUCGUGUGCCGCCACAAGACUGCCCUGGUGCUCGGUGUCUUGUGCUUCUUUGCCACCGUCCUCCUCUUCCUCGCCAAGUGCACCUCAGAGACGUUAAAACCUCCUGACUCGCCUGGCUCUGCACCGCACACCCGACCCCGACCCAGGCGUCCGGCUUCACCUUCUGACACCAAGGAGAUCUCCGCUUUCCUGGUGGUCCUCAUCACUACAGGUCCAAAAUACACAGAGCGACGCAGCAUCAUUCGCAGCACUUGGCUCUCCAAAACUGACCCUGAUGUGCUUGCUUUGUUCGCCAUUGGCACCGAGGGCUUGCCGUCCGAGGACAUGCGGAAUCUAGAGGCGGAGCAGACACGUUACGGAGACCUCCUUAUCUUACCUGAACUCCGUGACUCCUAUGAGAACCUGACGCUGAAGCUGAUUCACGCCUACUCAUGGCUCGAUCAGAAACUGGACUUCAAGUUCGUCCUGAAGGCUGACGACGAUACGUUUGCCCGUCUGGAUCUGCUCAGGGAAGAGCUGAAGAGUAAGGACCCCAGACGCCUUUACUGGGGCUUUUUCUCUGGCCGAGGCCGUGUGAAAACAGCCGGGAAGUGGAGAGAGAGUGCCUGGGAGUUGUGUGACUAUUACAUACCGUACGCUUUAGGCGGUGGCUACGUUCUCUCUGCAGACCUAGUGCGCUAUGUUCACCUGAACUCUGCUUACCUGAAGACGUGGCAGAGCGAGGACGUCUCUCUGGGCGCCUGGCUCGCACCCGUCGAUGUGAAACGGCUGCACGACCCACGCUUCGAUACCGAGUAUAAGUCGAGGGGGUGCAGCAAUAAGUAUUUGGUCACGCACAAGCAGAGUCUGGAGGACAUGCUCGAGAAGCACCAGACGCUCCAGAGGGACGGACAUCUGUGCAAGGAGGAAGUGAAGCUCCGCCUGUCAUAUAUUUAUGACUGGAACGUUCCACCAUCACAGUGCUGCCAGCGCAAAGACGGUAUCCCUUGACUUCCUUGAUCUUGUCGCGCACGUUCAGUGUUAUUUAUUUAUUUGUGGUUUGAACUGGACCAGCCAGCAGAUUACCUGGACUUACCUGGAGUCCGCUUCUGUAGCUUUGGGGAGCGCUUUUAAAAUCCAGGUGUGAAUAUGGCAGUGCUCGACGCCGACUGGAUUUGCAGAGACAACUCAAAAUGGACAACAAGCAUUGUGGAUAAGAAAAAAAAAAGGCCUACAUUUAUGUAAUAUGUAUUAUUUAUUUGGAUUGCACCAAUGCCAUGAGCAAGACAUUAUUUGUGCAGAAAUAACCGGAACAACAGAUGUCAGAAAGCUCAGCAGUAUAAAAGUGACAACAGAAAUGGAUUCACAAAUUUGAAUAUUUCAGCUGCUGUAUACCUUCUUUCUCCCCUCCAUCUCUUUUCUUAAUUUAAUGGGUUUUAACAGACAAGAUGAAUCUCACGUCACUAAUAUUAUCUCUAUUUCAGCUAGCUCUGUCCCUAAAAUACUGUAGCAGGCAGGACUAUGUACGUUCGAUGUUUUCCCAGUGUACUGUAUUAAUAACACACUCAAAUGUUACUACUGAACCACAGAUUAUACCUCCAUGUUAUUUUAUCAAAUGUUUUUGUUACCCAGUGCAUUUGAUCACGUUAUUUUAUUAUAAUAAAAUUCUAAUGAAAUUCCA